AUGGAGCAUGGAGGAGAUUUUGACGUUAUUCCAUUAUUAGCAGCCGAAAUUGCCCAGGAUUCUACGAUCUUAUGUUUUGACGAGUUUCAAGUCACAGAUGUUGCUGAUGCCAUGUUGUUAAGACGAUUGUUGAUGUUGUUAUUACUGGCUGAUCAUGGAGUUGUCCUUUUUGCAACUUCAAAUCGUGCCCCUGAUGAUUUGUACUUGAAUGGUAUUCAAAGGGUAAGUUUUAUCCCAUGUAUUCAGUUGAUCAAAAGACAAACAAGAGUUAUUUAUUUGAAUUCACCUACCGAUUAUAGAAAAGUUCCAAAGCCUAUAUCUUCAGUGUAUUAUUUCCCUAAACCUGGGGUGAAAUGGGAUCUGAAGAUCAAUCAAGCAAACUGUAAGGCUCAUGUCAAGCAGUGGUAUGACUAUUUCAAUGCUGAGAAUGAUAGUGAUAAAGUACUUUCUGAUUAUCAAUUGGAAGUGUGGGGGAGAAAAAUUCAUGUGCCAAAAUGUUCCCCACAGUAUGUUGCCCAAUUUACAUUUAAUGAAUUGUGUGGAACCAAAAUGGCUGCGGGAGACUACUUAACCCUUGCUAAUUCGUUCCAAUCGUUCAUAAUUACAGAUAUUCCUUAUUUAAGCGUUAAUCUUCGUGAUGAAGUUCGAAGAUUUAUCACAUUUUUGGAUGCGGUGUAUGAUGCCCAUGGAAGAAUUGCAGUGACUGCUGCAGCACCAUUCAAGGACUUGUUUGUUGAACCUGAAGAUUUAAAAAGUGGUAAUUAUCAAUUGUUUAAGAAGCAGAUAGAUAAAGGAAAAGAAGAGACGUUCGAAGAUGAUGAGUUGGUGGUGAAGCAUGGGUUUGAUAAACUGAUUGCGAAAAAGGCAAGUAUGUUUGUUAAUGACGAAGAAAAAUUUGCAUUUGCCAGAGCAUUAAGUAGAUUGGCUCAAAUGAGUACCACUGAUUGGAUAGACAAUGUUAGAGAGAUUCACUAA